AUAAUGUCUUUUCUUACCGAUUCUUGGAAAUUUUUGUUAAUGUAUUAGCAGAUCAAUUAAUUCGGUUGUCUGCCAGUUAUUUUUUCCAAGUUGAACAAUUACGUGUAAUGACUCAAGAAACAAAUAUUCGGACAUCACUUUUUGAAAUAUUGGUUUCUUGCUCUAAAGAAUUUGCUACACAUGCGAUCAAGGUUAAUGAUAUGCAAAAGGAAAAUAUUAGAAAAGAAAAUAAUCAAGAAGUUGAUACAGCACGACUUGGAAACAUAACUCAGUGGGAUGACUCUAAUCAUUUCGUUGUGUUUUUAUUGCAAAUGCCAGAUUAUAUAUAUUCUCUUUAUCAAGAAAAAAGUGAAGUAACUGGCAAUAUUGAAAAUUUAUUAAGAAGCCAAAAUGCCGUAUUACAAGACUAUUACAAAAUGAAACCAGAAAUGUUGUUGGAACAACUGGAGCGACUUGCAAGAAGAAAGGUGCAUAAAUUAAAAGACUUACCUGAAUACACGUUAACAAUAGAGAAUCUUCUCAAGAUGGUAAUGAUUUUAUCGAGAUCACAUGCAAAUAUUCCAGUAGUUCUUUGUGGUGAAACUGGUUGUGGCAAGACCAGUUUAAUCAGUUUCUUGUCAAUGGUCAUGGAAGUCAAUUUUCGAGCAUUAAAUUUCCAUGCGGGAGUUCAUGAGAGUGAUAUUCUAGAUUUUAUGGAAAAUGCUACAGCACUUGCAGCAGAAGGUGAAACUUGGAUAUUCUUUGAUGAAAUAAAUACUUGUAACCACAUUGGAAUGCUUGGAACUUUGAUCUCAAGCAGAUUUCUUAAUGAAAAAAAAAUCCAUCCAAAUAUUAGAUUAUUUGCUGCUUGCAAUCCUUAUCGAUUAAAAGCUAAAACACAAAAUAAUGUAGGCUUAUCAGCAAAAUUAUACGAAGAAAAAAAAAACAUGGUUUACCAAGUACAUCCGAUACCUGAUCAAAUAUUAGAUUAUGUCUGGGACUAUGGCCAUCUCAAAGCAAAUGAUGAACAAAAUUACAUUGAGAUUAUGGUGAAAACUCAGUUAAAUCAUCCGUUUUUUGCCGAAUUAUUAUGUGCGUCACAAGCAUUUAUUCGCAAAGUCGAGGAGCCAUUUAGCGUUAGUUUAAGAGAUGUGAAACAUGCUAUCAAGCUUUUUAAGUUUUUUAAAUAUACAUGUGGUAAAUUUAAUUACGCACAAAAUAAUAGCAAAAUUAUAUCUCCUGAAACUCGUUCAUUGGUAUUGGCCCUUGGUUUAUGUUACCUUUUUAGACUCCAUGACCAAUAUGAACGUAAAGAAUAUCGAAAAGAAAUGAUUGGAAUCAUAGAAAAGUAUCAAGAAAUUGAUGUAUCUCGAUACAAAAACCGACAAUCCAAAGAUUUUUUUGAAAAUAUCAUUUCACAAGAACAAGAAAAUUAUUUUAAACGUAUGCGGUAUCCCGAAGGAACUGCAGCAAAUGAAGCUCUUUUAGAAAAUCUUCUCGUAAUGAUAGUUUGUGUACAAACACAAAUACCAGUAUUCAUAAUUGGUGCACCAGGAAGUUCAAAAUCUUUAGCAGUGCGUCUUAUUAGUAUGAAUCUUCGAGGAGUAGAUUCAAACGAUCCUUACUUUCGAACCUUGCCUCAAGUCUAUAUGAUACCUUAUCAAGGUUCAAGUUUGUCAACUUCUGAAGGAAUUACUAAAGUUUUUCAAACUGCUGAAAAUUACCAACAAACUAGUUCCAAAGAAAAUCCUGCUACAGCUGUUGUUCUUUUAUAUGAAGGUAAAAGUGACAAUACUGCAUUAUCUACCAGCCCAUAUAAUCCAUUGAAAGUACUUCACGCUUUAUUGGAACCACCACCCGGUUCUCAAAGUAGUGAACCGGCAGUUUCUAUUAUUGGAAUCAGCGAUAGGAGAUUAGAUAUUAGCAAAUCCAGUCGAGCAUUAUUAGUUCAGCGUCCCCUCUUUGCAGAAUAUGAUCUGAUUGACACCGCAAAACGCUUGCUUGGGAAUUAUAUUAGAGGAAUUUAUAACAUUGAUGAUUUUUUGAAAAAACUUCAAAAUCAUAUCUUGAGUCUUCGGGAUUAUUAUUCUUUAGUAAAGAGCAUAAAAAGCAUGAAGAACAAGCAGGAG